ACUAGAAGGGAAUAGCGGUAACGACUCCGCCCACUGAAUCUUCCCGGCGGGGUUACUCGCCCGUGCUGUCACAAAGCGCACUACAACCUAUGCGAAGGCACAGGACCAGGAAGAUGAGCUGGAAGCAAAAAGGGUGAACCCCAGAAUUUAGUCACCACUUUGGAUACAAACAGAAAAAAAACUACUUAGACUGAGAGAGUUUCUUCCCUGGCAAUGAUCUGAAUUGCGCGUUCGCACCUGUCCAUUUAUUUAUUUUAAAACCCUUUGUCCUCGUUAUUAUUUGACUAGCAGAAGGUAUCCACCUUGGUACUUUUGACAGAGCGCAAAACCUGCUGUGCUGACGCGUGCGAAAGCUAUUUUAACCCCGGCGCAAAACCAACAGAACCGGACCGCUCUCGACUGCAUCCCUCUCAAGAGCCGAAGAACUUAAAUAAUUGGCGAGGGGUCCUCUGCUCUUAAUGGGAUGUUAGUGGGCCCGGAGGGGGAAGUAGCAUGGUGAAGCACCAGCCCCUGCAGGUCUACGAGAAGCAGCUGUGUUUGUCAUGUCUGACCGGGAUUUACGGCUGCCGCUGGAAACGCUACCAGAGGUCACAUGACAGCACCACCAAGUGGGAGUGUCUGUGGACCCUUGUCCUGGUCCUCACGUUCUCUCUGCUCCUGAUCUGGUCGUACUUCUGGUGGGAGGCCCACAAUGACUACAACGAGUUCAACUGGGUGCUGUAUAACAGAUCGGGGGAGUGGAGCGAUGGGACCGUCUCCAUCCUCGCCACCACGGCCGUCGGCUUCACCUACAUCACCUUUCUAAUGAUCUUAGCCCUGGGGCACGUCGCCAUGGGACAGCAGCUGAACCUGCACUGGCUUCACAAGAUUGGCGUUACGGCAGCCCUGCUGACCACCAUUACGGGGCUCGUGUCCACCAAUCAGAUCUGGGGCGAGGAGUGGGACAUCGUGCCCAUCUCUCUGCAGGCCACCGGGCCCUUCCUGCACAUCGGAGCCGUGGCGGCCGGGACCGCGCUGGCCUGGCUGGUCGCCGGGCAGGUCGCCCGCGCCGAGAGAACCCGUACUCAGGUGGCGCUGGUGCUGGUGUACCUGAGCGCCCUGCUAGCCCUCUACCUGCUGCCCCUCAACAUCACCUCCCCGUGCCUGAUGGACCGCAGCAACCUCCGGCCACCGCCAGCCAUCAUUGGCCACCGCGGAGCACCAAUGCUGGCUCCAGAGAACACCCUGAUGUCCUUUCACAAAGCGGUGCAGCAGAGGGUGGUGGGGCUUGAAGCUGACGUUGCGAUCAGCCUGGACGGAGUGCCCUUCCUCAUGCGGGACCGGACCCUGCGGAGGACCACGGACGUUUCGGCGGUCUUCCCCGAGCGGCAGUUCCACGACGCCUCGCUGUUCAACUGGACGGACCUGCGGGCGCUCAACGCCGGCCGCUGGUUCCUCAAGGACGACCCCUUCUGGACGGUGCAGGCCAUGUCGGAGAGGGACCGGGUUCGGGCGGGGAACCAGACGGUGUGCAGCCUGGAGCAGCUCCUGCGGUUCGCGGCCCGUUCCAACGUCUCGGUCCUCUUCAACCUGCGGCGCCCCCCACAGGGACACCCCCGCCGCGACAGCUGGGUCAACGACACCCUGGAGACCGUGCUGCAGUCCGGGAUACGCCAGGAGCAGGUGAUGUGGACCCCGGACUGGGACAGGGGCGCGGUUCGGGAGGUGGCCCGGGGCCUCCAGCAGACCUCCGAGGAGAAGCGCCCGCCGACGGACCUCCGGGAGCGCGGGAUCGUCCGGCUGCAGCUGCGCUACAACCAGGCCAGCGCUCAGGAAAUACGUGAAUUCUCAGCAGCCAACCUGAGUCUGACUCUGUCCAGUGUGAAUGACCCCUGGCUCUUCUCAGUGCUGUGGUGCAGCGGGGUCCCCUCCGUGUCCUCGGACGCACCCCAAAUCCUCAGGAAGGUGCCUUACCCGGUCUGGCUGAUGAGCCCCGAUGAGUACAACGUGGUCUGGAUCGCCACGGACCUCGUCUCUUUCGCAAUAGUAAUAGGAAUAUUUGUGUUCCAGAACUAUCACAUGAUCAGGUGGCGCUUCAGCGGGAUGCAGCGCUACAACCCGGAGCAGAUCAUGCUGAGCGCCGCCGUCCGCAGGUCCAGCCGCGACGUCAACAUCAUGAAGGAGAAGCUCAUCUUCUCAGAGGUGAGCAAUGGCAUAGGGGAUUCGGAUGAGCUGUCUGUGUACGCGGAAAAUGGAUACGACUACUACUCGAACCAGGGCAUCGCCCAGUAACCAGGACAACCGACACCGACGCACACUGGCCCGGAGGACUUAUCGGACAUCAACGGGAAUCGGACAAAAAGAACAUGUGUGGACACAGGAGCACGCAGGACUCUUGUGUUCAGUUUGGAUGCAUGUAGGACUCUGGGAAACUGAGUUCUGUCCCUUCGUCAAAAAGCUUCUGAUUGGCUGUUCUGGAAUCACCCAACUGUUGCGCGUAUACUGGAAAUGUAAAAAUACUGCUUUUGCAUGGCAGGAUUGAAGUGCGCUUGGCGGUCUACAAGCACAUUUUUACAAACAGAUUAGACUCCAAAUUCAAAGUCUAAAGCCUGCUCCCUUGACCUUUUUGAUGUUUUGAAAAGCACUUGGAUUAGCCUACCCAGCUGUGUACCUCUUGGGCAUUCAGCGCAUGACCGUUUUUACAAAUGCUUCGCUCAUGAUUUAAUUUGCAUAUUUAUAUUCUUUCCAUUAAGGAACGCGUACGAGUACGACCGUCAGUCGUCCCCUCUGGAUCAUUGUUAUGUGAAAUGCGUACGCGAUUCUGCCUUGCGGGGACUCUACGGUGUCUAACGUGGCCUACUGUGGCCUGCACAGACGCAACAAACAAACCUUAAGUACUUAAGUGUCUGCCGUUCCUUGGAGAGGUGCAAGUUACAGUUAGAGAAAUUAAAAUGUGCUUUUUUUUUUUUUUUCUCCAGUGCGGUUUAUUUUUUGUAUAUUUUGUGUACAGUGCAGUCUGUAAGUAUUUUGACACUAUUUUGUGUUGUUUUGGCUUUGCAUUCCAGCACAUUGAAUUUGAAAUGAACCAAUUAAUAUUUACAUUCAUAUCUGGUGAUCUGUGCAGGACUUGCAGCUCUGUUUCUGUAUAGUUCCCCCAUUUUAGGGGACUAAAAGUAAGUGGGUAAAUUAACAUAAUCUUAAAUAAUGUUGUCAUAUUUAGUACCUAGUUGCAAAUCCUUUGCAUUCGAUGACUGCCUGAAGUCUGAGACCC